GUUAUAAAGCUGGUGCCAGGGCAGAGGCAGCUGUCCUCCUCGGGAGCCUGCCACGGUCCCCAGCACCGCAGCCAUGUCCACCCACCGCCUGGUGAUGGUCCGGCACGGCGAGAGCACCUGGAACCAGGAGAACCGCUUCUGCGGCUGGUUCGACGCGGAGCUGAGUGAGAAGGGGGCCGAGGAGGCCAGGCGGGGGGCCCAGGCCGUCAAGGAUGCCAAGAUGGAGUUUGACAUCUGCUACACGUCGGUGCUGAAGCGUGCUCUUGAGAACUUGUAUGGGCAGGUGCAGGGGCUCCUGGAAGAUUUUGGACAGGAGAUCUGGAGGCGCUCCUUCGACAUCCCGCCUCCCCCCAUGGACGAGAAGCACCCUUACUACAGCAUCAUCAGCAAGGAGCGCCGGUACGCAGGCCUGAAGCCUGGGGAGCUGCCCACCUGUGAGAGCCUCAAGGACACCAUCGCCCGGGCCCUGCCCUUCUGGAAUGAGGAGAUCGCCCCCCAGAUCAAGGCCGGCAAGCGGGUGCUCAUCGCUGCACAUGGGAACAGCCUGCGGGGCAUCGUCAAGCACCUGGAAGGGAUGUCGGAACAGGCGGUCAUGGAGCUGAACCUGCCCACGGGGAUCCCCAUUGUGUACGAGCUGGACCACGCCCUGAAGCCCACCAAGCCCAUGCGGUUCCUGGGCGACGAGGAGACCGUUCGCAAGGCCAUGGAGGCUGUGGCUGCCCAGGGCAAGGCCAAGUGAAGCGUCUGCUCUGGCAAUAAAGGCAUCUCCCCCA